AUGGCGGUGGCGGGGGGUGGGGUGGUGGUGGUGGUGGUGGUGCGGCGGGUGGGUGGGUGGCAGGCAUUUCGAGUGAGAAGAUUUUUCAAUGGAGAUGUUUCAGGUAAUGGAAAAAGAGAGACUGAGUUUCGAAAGAGGCCUUCAUGGAUGGUGCCAGGGUCACAUGGUUACCAUGUCGUAGAUGAUCACUGUGAAUUCAAUGGUGAGCCCAACUUGAACUCAAACUCGGACUCAGUUGUGCAGAAAGAACAAAUUGAAGAUCUUGAGUUGUGGUAUUUUGAAGUUUCCAAUGCCAAAAUUGGAGAUUCAGUCACCAAGUACAUGCAAUCACAUUUGUUUGAUAAGAAACCCAAAGCGCCUAAGUUGAGGAGGAAGAGCAAAGAGACUCUGACAAAAGCAUAUCUGGGUGCGAGAGCGAAGAUCAGAGAGGCAGAGAAAGCAGAGGAGACAUGGAAAGUGGGCUCAGCAUCUCCCAUAGUCAUCAAUGGGGAGAGGCAUGUGGUGGCUAACAUGGGUGAAUACAGAGCUGUUGUGUGCAGAGAUGGUGAAGCUCAUCUGAUCAGUUGGAGGCAACAGCAAGGUGUCGUACGCAUGUCUAAAGUGCGCACCUCUAAAAGCUCAGAGGUUGUGGUUGGAGACGAAAGAAUAGACCCUCAUACAGAGUUUGUUAUAUUAGCAAGCAAUGGCAUCUGGGAGAUGAUGAAGCAUCAAGAGGCAGUGAAUCUCAUCAGGCACAUGGAGGAUCCACAAGAAGUUGCCGAGUGUUUAGCAAGGGAAGCUUUAACCAGAGUGAGCAGAAGCAAUAUUUCCUGCUUAGUCAUUCACUUCGACUGA